AUGGACAAGAAAGACCUCUUUGUUGCAGAGGAUGAGGAUGUUUCAGAGUCUCCUGCUCUAGAUGAGUACCAGGAUACAAACGAUGUACCCAUGGACGAAGAGGAAGAUGACCCGGUCAUUCUGACCAUGCCCAUCCUUCACGGAUCGCUACCACACAGAUCAUCUCAAUCUCUACAUGUGCUACAAUAUGCCAACAGACCGAAAAGCCGUCCAUUCGACCAAGAACCACUCAAGUCCUCUAUAAAGAUGGGUACUAAAGUACUAGAGGUUAAGGUGCCUAUGGACACCAACAAGUUUUAUGAUGAGGGCAGAGCAGAGGAACUUGGGUCACGAGUGACAACCUCCAAUUUAAACGGAGUUCUCACGGGCACUGAUGGGGGCUUGUAUGUGGGGCAUAUUAUUGAAAGAGACGGUGAUCUUCAGAUGGUUCUUGUGCCUGUUGACAGUACCGCUCAACUCAAGCCACUGUUUAAGUACAUUGACGAUUUAGAAUCUGCACGCACAGCACAUACCAGGCAAGAAGUCAACACGCUGGAACCAGCUAAGCAAAAUGCAGUGCACGUCUUGCAAACAGCGGCGAAAGCUAGCAAUCAAUUGCUGUCUGAAGGUCACGUUGGAGGUUUGGGCUCGUGCUUGAAGCACGUCAAAAAAUUUGACGAGGAGCCAUGGAAUAGAUUGAGUUGGAGGUGCACAGACGACUCAUCGGCUCAAAGACUACUGGAGCAUCUCAAGGCGCCCUCACGGGAAGUGAUUGAGACAUCCACCACGUUUGACGAAUUUGCAUAA